AAGUAGUAAGAAAAAUGUGAUACAAAAAUGGUAUUGUACGGAAUCAGGAAACAAAGAUAGGAACAUGACCAUGAAAAGAAAGGAAACAACCUCACCCUCACAUCAUUUUUAUUAUAUCUGAAUCUCAACUUGCACAAAAUAAUAAACCUUAUUUGGGAAUCGUAAAUAGUUCCCUUCCAAUCUCAAUAAGAUAAACUGGUUCGGUUUGUUCUUGUAACUUCCGCUUUCUCUCUCUCUUCAUAGUUCAUAAAGUAACCUAAAUUUUGAGGUGAGUGCAGUUUAAGAGAGAGAGGAAUAAUAAUAGUAUGACAAGAAAGAAGAUACAGAUCAAGAAAAUUGACAACAUCAGUUCAAGGCAAGUGACUUUCUCUAAGAGGAGGAAAGGGCUUUUCAAGAAAGCUCAGGAGCUUUCAACUCUAUGUGAUGCAGAUGUAGCUCUUAUGGUUUUUUCUGCAACUAAUAAGCUUUUUGAGUAUGCUAGUUCAAGUAUGCAACAAGUAAUUGAAAGACGCAAUGGAUGUUCAGAAAAUCAUAGAUUAAUGGACCAUCCAUCUGCGGAUCAGUUUCAGGUUGAGAGUGAGUCCAGCAACACACUUCGCAAGAAAUUAGAAGAUAAAUCUCGUGAACUUAGACAAAUGAAUGGAGAAGAUUUGCAAGAAUUGACAGUCCAAGAACUCCAGAAACUAGAGACUCUACUUAGAAGAAGUUUGUCCAGUGUCUCAAAAAAGAAGGAUGAAAUGUUUAUGCAAGGCAUCAACACCCUUAAGAGAAAGGUAAAAAUGUUAAACCAAAAACCUCUCACACUGUCUUAUAGCUCUCUCUCACUCUCUGCUACAACUUUUUUGAUUAUACUCUCCAUGCAGAAAGUGGAACUGAUCCAAGAAAAUCAAAGAUUGAAGAAUGUGAUACGAGACCUGAUAAUUAGACAAAGGCAACAGUCAUUGGAAUCCGUUAUUAGCAGUUCUUCUUAUUUUCUUGAAGACGAUGGCAGUGACACAUCUCUCAAGUUGGGGUUAACAUUACAUAAUUGAAUAAAUAGAGUUUGGUUUAGAGGACUGUGGGAAGAAAGAGAUAAAGUUUCGCUUCGUUUCUAUGUGGCUGAACAAAUCAACCAAAUAAAUGGAAUACAGUAACUUGGUGUUUAAAAAUAAGUCAUGUAAAGAAACAUGAGGUCUUGCUUGUAGAAUUGUACUUCAAUGCCAAUUGUUCUAUAUUUUCUUUUGGCAAAUUGAUUCACAUAAAAUGUUAACAUUUAUGGCCGAGUUGGUAUUAGUUUUAGAGGAUUACAGGCCAUAUGGGUGAGUUAGAGUAUGUAACACUCCAUUUUUCUCUCAUGCUUAUUGUAUUAAUUUAUGUCAGUUAAAUUUAUUGAUUAAC